UCCCAUCAACAUCGCUCAGUUAUUCAAUUACAAUCACGUAUUCGACCUACCAGUUUUAACGUACCCUCGCUCUUAUAUCUUGCCCCCAUCCGGAAUCCAUACCAUCGACUAUCAUGUCUUCAAGCCAAAACACCCAAGGCCAACCCCAGCAUUCUUCCGAGAAGACCACCAGCACACCCGUGCAGAAACCCUGUCCCUACCACGCCGAAGUUCUCUCCAUGAAGACCAAGACCGAACCCAAGGACCUCACACCAAUGCAACGAUUCCUCGGCGAAGGCCCGACCGAGCAGAGCGCCAUGUUCACUCGACCAGACAAUGGGAAGCUUUCUACCAGCAAGGAUUGUACAUGCGAGGUUGCUUCAUCGGAAGGCUGAAAAAAACUGUUUGCUGUUUUUUUUUUCUAAAGCCAUGGCUUCCAAUAGGGCACUGUCAGCCUUUGUGCGGGCAUCAAUCUUUGUUGUUUACACGAUAUAGCUGUGGCGUG